AUGGUUCUUACAAAGAAAAACAAUGAACUUUUUUUGCAGUUUUUGCUCGAAAAGUGUGAAUCGGGAAAGCUAUUGAGAGCGAAGCUGAAAGCUGACGAGAUUCUUCCAAGUGGUGAAAAACGAGAAGUGUUUCCAUGUGAAUGGUACGAACUGGAAGAAGGAAACUCCUCCGAAAUGCAGCUCGUUAGGAAAGCAGACUGUAUAAGAGAGGACAACAGCGAAAAUGAGAUAACACUGCAGUGUGAAGUUUGCAUGCGAUGCAUUGUUCACGACGAGCUGCCCACGGCAGACACAGCAGAACACCAGUCUGAUGUUGCGAGGGCUGUAGGUGAGAUGUACAGUGAAGAAGUCCACACAGACUUCGAGCUGCACACAGAAGGCUCGGUUCUGAAGGCACACAAGUCACUACUGUCUGUGCGGAGCCCUUACUUCGCUGCCCUGCUGCAGCCUCACACGAAGGAAGCAAAGGAAGGCUUUGUGCAGAUCACCGAUGUGAAGACCGAAGCACUGAAGCAGGUUCUGCUGUUUAUGUACACGGGUGUGGCGCCGGCUCUCAAGGACAUGCCGUGGGACUUGCUGAUAGCUGCUGACAAAUUCCAGCUCCAGCAGCUAAAGCGACAGUGCGAGGCCCACAUCGCCAGCCAGUUGGAUGUGGACAACGCCGCAGAAACCGCAGCCAACGCCUUGCUGUUCUCCUGCGACAUGCUGUGGGACCGUGCGGUGUUUUUCAUCAGAACCAAUCUCUACCGGGUGAUGCGCACUCCUGGCUGGGCUUUGGUUAUAACUGCUCAUCCUGAAGCCAUACAGCGUCUCAGUGAGCUGAUGGGGUGA